AGGUCAUUCGAAUAAUGACAUCAUCGAGGCGCGCCGGCGUCCAUUAAUGUUUGCGUACGGGGAAUAAUGGCGAUGUGCACAAUAUUACGAUAUGCUUCUGUUAGUUUGACCUCCUCUUUACUUCGACUGUCAAACAGAAACGCUCUGACUCCAGCUAGACUGCUGGCGAGGGCAUGCUAUAAAAGACCCCUGAGCACCACCACUCGAUUUUGCGCAGCACUGAAGUUCACAGACAAACACGAGUGGGUUCGCGUGGACAGUGGUGUGGCAACAGUGGGCAUCAGUAAUUUUGCACAGGAGGCACUGGGGGACGUGGUCUACUGUGGGCUCCCUGAAGUUGGUGCAAAGUUAUCACAGUCUGAUGAAUUUGGUGCUCUGGAGAGUGUUAAAGCAGCGAGUGAGUUGUACUCUCCUCUGACGGGGGAGGUGACAGAUGUCAAUGACGCCUUGGCAGACAACCCAGGACUGGUCAACAAAUCUUGUUAUAAAGACGGCUGGCUGAUGAAGAUGACCGUAUCUAUUCCUGAGGAAUUGGAUGGACUGAUGGAUGAAGCUGCUUAUGAAAGAUACAUCAAAUCUAUGGAGGACUAGAGUGUGCUGCUGGCAUGUUAUAUGGCAUAUGGGGGAGAAUUUAAAAACAAUCAAUUAAGGAAUGUUUAUAGUAGUUGAUUUAGUUUAGAUGUUCUCCUAAAUUACAUUUUCCCAUCCACCCAUACCCAGCUGCUGGAGGGGACCACAUGGACACAGCAUUAUGCACUUCGCUUGCAAAACAACAAGCAAACCUGGUUGGAUUGAGCCAGUUACUGUAUGUAGCCACAGAGACACAGCCGAUGUAACAGUUUCAUCUCUUUUGUAGAUGUUACACUGUUCCUGUAAAAGCAUGUCAUUGCUUGGAAUAAGCUACAAAUAAAAUGUGGAAGUACGAAUGACACCCAAUGUCCAGUCUGAGGACAGCUAUGAAAUCUUUGUUAGAUUUAAGGACUCAUGACUCAGUUAAAAGUGAUUAACAUUAAUUAACAACAUUAAACAACUAUUUAAAACACU